UGCCCAGCCCUUUCUGCCUUGUCAUCUACUGCCCCGCGGAGGCUCGACUCUUGAGUGGGGCCGCCCGGAACGCACAGAACCGGGACCACCCCCCCCCCCCCGAAGCCACCUGGCUGGAGGAGGGAAGAGAAACUGAUUGGGCAGAAUCUGCGCCCCCUCAUCACCAGCCGCGCUCGAAGGAGCCCCCACCAUGGGCAAUGCGCAGGAGCGGCCCUCAGAGACGAUCGAUCGCGAGCGGAAACGCCUAGUGGAGACGCUGCAGGACGACUCCGGGCUGCUGCUGGAUGCACUGCUGGCGCGCGGCGUGCUCACCGGGCCUGAGUAUGAGGCGUUGGACGCGCUGCCUGAUGCCGAGCGCAGGGUGCGUCGCCUGCUGCUGCUGGUACAAAGCAAGGGCGAGGCCGCCUGCCAGGAGCUGCUGCACUGCGCCCAGCGUACUACGCGCGCGCCAGACCCGGCCUGGGACUGGCAGCACGUGGGCACUGGCUACCGGGAACGCAGCUACGACCCUCCAUGCCCUGGCCACUGGACGCCUGAGGCACCUGACUUGAGGACCGCUUGUCCCGAACCGCCCAGAGCUUCAGACUGCGACGAGGCUGGGGUUUCAGGGGGCUCGGAGGCAGUAUCCGGAACCCUCGAGGAACUCGAUCCGGAAGUGGAAGCUGAAGUCUCUGAAGGGGCUGAGCCAGAGUUGGAACCCCAAAUGGAUCCGGAACCAGAGCCAGCACCUGAACUAGUGUCAGAGCCAGAGCCAGAGCCAGAGCCAGAGCCCGACUUUGAGGCGGGUGACGAGUCUGAAGAUUCCUGAAUGUCGGAGUGCUGAUAGGCUGCUGCUCUCUGCCCAAAGCAGACAGGACCUGGGAUUCUGCUCUGGCAUUGGGGAGGAUGCCACCAAGUCUCCACCUGACCCAGUACCACUGGAAGUGAAUAAACUCUGGUGGGUCACCUUG